CGUGCUGCUGGUAAACAUGGAGGAAGGUAUCGAGCUUGUAUUCAGUAAGUUUUCAUCAGGGAGCGCGAGGAGUGCGUCACCGGCGGAGGACCCCGAGGAAGAGGAAGGCAGCCACACAGAGUGCGGCGAGGAGGAGGGUAUAGAAGAAUUUCCAGAAUCCGUACUUUCAUUUUUACAAUUGGUUAAACAAAGGAGUGAAGAUGCUGAAAAACUGAUUUUACAAGACUUGGAUUCUACAGACACAUGGAGUGAAUAUUUUCCAGUAUCUAAACUUCAGCCCGGUGAUGAUCAUGAUUAUUUAGCUCAACUGGCAUCGGAGUACAAUGAAGAACCAGAGACAUUUAAGAGAAGGGUUUUGGCUGACAUAGAAGAAGAAGACCGAGAAGAUCUGCUCAGUGGUAAAGAGGCGAUUGUCAGAGAAGAAGAUCCCGAGCCUGCAGAUAAAUUAGAUGGCACGGAUGAGGUUAUUACCCUUUCUUACCUUGAGGUAGAAGAAAGCUGUAGACAGAAACUGCAGGAGUGGGAAACGGAACAAGAGAAGCAGAAGGACACGAAUAGAGCCGCACUCAAUGCUCGGAAAGCUGUCCUAGAGAAAGAAAUCAAAGAGCAAGAUGAAAAGCGAGAACAUUGGAAGAAGGCGUUUGAGAAAGAGCGCGUAACACUUAAUACCCUGCAGCAAGAGCAACAAGAACAGCUUCAAUUAGAUCUAAAGAGAAGCAAUGAAGAACUUGAACAGGAUUUCAAAAAUCACCAGAGUCGAAUUAAUCAAAUUGAAGCAGAUUUGGUAAUUGAAAGAAAAGCCUUUGAAGAACAGAAAGCCAAGGCCAAAAAGUGUUUGGAAGAACUGCAGUACAAAUCAGCCGUUAAAAUUCAGGCAGCAUUCAGAGCACACAAAGUAUACAAAAUGUACGCACCUAUGUUAAAGCAGCAAAAAGAGGACCUGAAAAGGAAGAAGGAACUUCAGCGCAAAAUGGACAUGGAAAAGAAAGAGCUAGAGGAGAAAAUUAAGAUGAAGCUUGAGGAGAAAAGACGAAAAGAUGAAGAAAAGAGACAAAAUGAAGACAUUGCAAAAAAGAGAAUUGAAGAGGCCAACAGGAAAGAGAUUUUUGAACAGGAAAUGAGGCAGCGGGAAUAUGAGAAGAAGAAGAAUGAAGAAAAAAUGAGACUGGACAAAGUUAAACUCUUGAGACUGGAAGACAAGAAGAAACAAGAAAUGAACAGUCUUCCAUAUUCUUCGAAGAGUGGAAGCCCAACUGAAGAGGGUCAAGCAAUAGAUGAACUGAAUCUCACGGUUAAAAUGGCUGAGGAACCUGAGAAGAAGCUUGAUGAGAAGGAAAGGCAAGAGGAGCACAGUAUGUUCCAACAAGAGAUAGAUGUGAGAAUGAAGGUAAAUAACCAUGAAAGAAUUACAAAUGUGGAAAGUGUAUAUAAUGUGGAACCUGAAGAAGUCAACAUAGCCUCAGAAACUGAUAGUUCUCCAUUCGUACACAAUGACAAUUCUACGGAGGCACAUAAGAAUAUAGAAAAUAAAAGCCCUCCUUUUGUGUUGACUGGAACACCAUUUACAUCCACUGAGGAACAAAUUCUUUAUUCACAGUCUGCUGUAAACAACAUCGAAGAACAAGACAUGAGCCAGAUUACAGGAACCUCACAAUGUCAAAGUCCAUCUUCUUCUGUAGCCUUAAAUGGUGGGAGUCUGUCAGAUCAAGCAGAGGUGAAGAGACUAGCAUGGAUGAAAUCCUGCAAACCUUGGUCCAAGAUUUUGAGGGAUAGCCAAAAGAUAGUGAUAAAAAAGGCAAAACAGAGGAAAAGUUCUGCAACAAAGCAGCUACCGCCACUAAAGGAAGCCCUCAUCCUGCACAACAGUCCAUGGCAGUACUUGGAACAGGUCACAACGGUGACUUUUCAGGACCUGCCAGGCUGCAGUCUUUCAACAUUGUCAAAAUGCGUAAAACUGAAAUUUCUGUCUUUGAGACGCUGUGGAUUAACUGCACUUGACGGGUUGAGUUUCUGCGGAGCAUUGCAGUACAUAGACGUUCAGGAAAAUUGUAUCAGUUUUAUCAAUUGUGAAGCCUUGAAAAACCUAAGUGUUUUACUGUUGAAUAAGAACCAAAUCACAUCAAUUCAUGGACUAGAGGAUUGUGCAAACCUCAUGAAUUUGGAACUAUCAUUCAACUUAAUAACCAGAAUUGCUGGACUGGAAUCUUUGAGGAAUCUUCAGAGGCUAGUCUUGGAUCAUAAUCAGCUGAUAUCCACUAAGGCCCUUGAGACAACACCUCUGCUAACAUAUUUGGACUGUUCGUACAAUUAUCUUACUGAACUUGAAGGAAUUCAGAACUGUGGCCUCAUGCAGGUUCUAAAGUUACAAGGGAAUAAUUUGUCAGAGAUUCCUCGGCUGGAUAAUCAUGUUCUCAUGAGAGAGUUAUAUCUGGAUGACAAUAACUUAACAACGCUGACAGAGUUGUCGUCAUUUUGGUUACCUUUGUUGCAAGUUUUCUCAGCAUCACACAACAGCAUAACUCACCUCGCAUCAUUCAAUACUUUUAUCUCACUUGAAGAAUUGAAUCUAACUAGCAACUGCUUAUCGGCGUUACAUACUGUAUCCCAGUGGCUGGAAGGAUGUAUGCAUUUAAGAAAACUUUCUAUUAGUAGGAAUCCAUUUCUCCAAGAACAGAAUUGGAGAUUUACUUUACAAAACAUUUUACCUGCCUUGAGACUCCUGAAUGAUGACGAAAUAACAUUUGAAGAUAAAAAAGGUCCCAAGGCACCACCAGGAAGCUUUUUGGCACUUUGUCAACACCAAAUUUCCAGUAUCAGUAAACUCUGGCAUGUUGUAAAUGCUGAGGAGAGAGCAUUAUCAUCUUUAGAAACACUGGAGACAUUCUGUGACUCACUGAAAGAAGUAUUGCAACUUAGUAAUGUAUAUAGAUAUGCACAUGAGUAUGGUGACACAGAAGUUGCUGAAGGAGAAGAUCCAGAGAUUCCUAGAGACCAUCUGAGUCACCUAGACCUUGACAGAAGUCAUCAUAGUAGUCACAUUAUCAAUGGCCCUCAUGAAGAUAAACAUAAAGACACAAAACAGAUCACCUUCCAACAAGCUCGGUCUUUGAUUGAGCCGCCCCUUGCAAAUGCUGGACAAAGUAAUCGAUCAAACAGUAGAGGGAUAAUAAAACACCAAUCCUGGCAAUCAGAGUUAUCCAGAAAAGACACUGAACAACAUGCUAGAGAGGUCCGUGCCGCAGUUCUAAUCCAGUCUCAGUGGAGAGGGUAUGUAAUACGGAGAGAUAUUCAUUAUUAUACAAAGCUUCAUGAGGCUGCCUGUGUUAUACAGUCAGCAUGGCGUCAUUAUCACAGCGGGAAAAAAUCCUUGCUUAAGAGAUGUGCUACUCCAAAAACAUCCGUCACACAACAUGCUGCCACGGUAAUACAGGCAGCUUGGAAAGGAUUUUUUUUACGUAAAAGGUUAGCUGCUGCUUUUGCUGGAAUUGAUAGAGAAGAGCUAGAAGAUGACUUUGAAGAAGUGAAUUUGGAGGAAUUUACCUAUGAUGAAAAUGUUUUUGAACAAGGCUGGUCAGUAGAUUCUACCCGUUCCCAUUCUGGAGCGCUACAUCUCUUCAGUAAACCAGAACAACCAAAGAAAUAUGUGGCUAAAGAUGACAGAGAAUACUCCUUACCUCGGUUCCCACAAGAAGCCUGGGCCAUUUCUGAAGGUUCAGCACUAGAUAGAGGACGUAGCAGGUCGGAGAAACAGAAUCUGUCACAUGUGUAUAGCAUGAAGUCCAAUACUGACAUUUCCUUCAAAUCGGAGAAAGAGGAAAAAAUUUCCCAGGAGUGGGGAUUUAAAGAUGCAUCUACCGCACAACUGAUGCUGAAAAGAGCCCAGAAAAUGAAGUCUAAGCAAGCAAAACAUAAAAAAAUGUUGGACCCAGCUGUGCGCCUGGCGUUGUUCAAAAAUAAUGAAAAUAAACAUGCCCCAGUAAUGCCACCAAGGAAGGCUCAGCCAACAAAAAUAGAGUACUUUCGAGGUAAAGAAGAGGAAUUAUACAAUUUAAAGGAACUUCCUUCAGAAGCUCUAGCAAGAAGCAGAGAUCUUACUUAUCAGUGGCUUCAUACCCAAUGUGGAGAUAUAAAUCCAGCUAGUUCUGCAACAUCCAAAUGCAAGCGUUUCUUGCCUGAAUUAAACCACGACGUUCUGAAAGGAGGACGCGUCCAGCUUGUGACUAAUGGUCCUUUAAGCAAAGACGCUGAUGAUUUAGACCUUUUGUCUGUUAAAUCUGGUAGUUUGGCAUCGCACAACAGAGAAGAAAAAGUAAAAACUCCGAGAAGUUCUGGACCAUGUUCUGACAGAAAUUCAUUUGCACCAGUGAAAGCUAAUUCUGGACCUCACCGGAAGGAACGCAUCUCAUUUCGAGACAAUCCAGUUCAAUUCAGCGGUGGUUGGGGAGGAGGGAAAAAGAAGGCCAUUAAAUAGUAAUCAUUUUUCAAAGAGGCAAAGUGCAUGGCAAAGUGUAAUAAAAUAAACUUCUGUAUAGUGACUUUACCUAAUAAUUUUCUCAGCUUUCGUUAUAUACUGUAUGAUAUUCAUAUUAGUUU